AUGACUUCCAAAGACGAGGGCAAAGCAGCCUCGGCGGAGGAGCGCCGGAGAAGCCCUCUGGACCACUUGCCCCCUCCGGCCAACUCCAACAAGCCCCUGACGCCCUUCAGCAUCGAGGACAUCCUCAACAAGCCGUCGGUGAGGAGAAGCUACACCAUCUGCGGGACUGCCCACCUGCUCUCCGCCGCGGAGAAGCACCCCCCGGCUGCCCUGCCCCUUUCCAGCCGGGCGCUGCUCUCGCAAACCUCGCCUCUCUGCGCCCUCGAGGAGCUGGCCAGCAAGACCUUCAAGGGACUGGAAGUCAGCGUUCUGCAAGCGGCAGAAGGAAGGGAUGGGAUGACUAUAUUUGGCCAGAGGCAGACCCCCAAGAAAAGGAGGAAGUCUAGAACAGCCUUUACAAACCACCAAAUCUACGAGCUGGAGAAGCGCUUUUUGUACCAGAAAUACUUGUCCCCCGCUGACCGGGACCAGAUAGCCCAGCAGUUGGGUUUGACCAAUGCCCAAGUGAUAACGUGGUUUCAGAAUCGCAGGGCCAAACUCAAGCGGGACCUGGAAGAGAUGAAAGCAGACGUGGAGUCUGCCAAGAAACUGGGACCCAACGGCCAGAUGGAUCUUGUAGCCAUUGCCGAGCUGGAGACGACCCCUGAAGGGAGAGCGAAGUCCCGCUCCCUUUCUCCCACCCAUCCCAAACAUGGACUGGAAGGCAGCGGCCCCCUCCAGCUCUCUCCGGCCUCUCCUCUCACGGACCAGCCGGGCAGCAGCAAGGACUGUUCGGAGGAUGAAGACGUGGAAAUUGACGUUGAUGACUGA